AUUAAGACACCCAGUGGAUUAGCAGUGAAGAAAAUAACAAAAAAGAGGUCUCCUUCCUCGACUUCUUUUUCCUCUCUUCUCUCUCUCUCUCUCUGCAAGAGAGGGGGAGAGGGAGUGGGAGGAGACUCCACCACACCAGCAAAGGCAAAGGGAGAGGGAGCACAACAAGAGACACAAUUCCCAGGAAACCGCCGCCUAAAGCUUCUCCUCCCUUUGUCUCUCUUCGCUGUUGCUUCCAAAUCUCUAAUCUUUCUCUCUUUCUUUCGUUUGUUCCAUUCCAAAUUAUCUGUGCGGGAGAAGAUCCAAAAGAUACAGGAGAGGAGAGAGAGAGGGGGGGAAUAAAUCCUUUUUGGCGAGAUUCGUGUGGGGGAGAGACGAGUUAGGUGUCAGGACCACUCAUAAAUUCCGCCUCUUCCCUUCUUCUUCUUCUUUCAGAUCUGCUCCGUGCUUCCUCUUCCUCCUCGCAUCGCUUUUGCCAACCCAACCAACCAACCAGCCGUGCUUCUCGCCGGAGAGAGCAGGGCAGGGCGCCGUUCUUCCUCCCGCUUGGAGAAAAAUCUUUCUUCUCGUCCGCCAUUCUUUUUUAAGCUUAGUUUCUUCCAGUACGAGUUUUCUUGUUCCUGUUGAGUUCUUCCUCUUCCCGUGCGAGCCAAACUCCCACCCUUCUUGGAGCAGAAAUCGGCCUUUUGUUUUCUUGCUCGUCUCUGCCGAUUUCUUCUUGAGACAUAGACGCCCUCCUUUUUCCGCCACAAGCUAUCCUCUCCGAUGGGCAACGCGUUCGCGUGCAUGCCGCGCAAGGAGCACCGGGGCGCGGCCGCGGUGUCGCGCAGCAAGCGGAUGGGGAGCGCCCGCCCGCCGCGCGGCGGCGCGGCCAAGCUCACGCCGGCUGAGGAGGAGCUCCUGCACCGCCAGGCGCUCGCCAUGGCCAUCCACCAGCACCUCGACGCCGGCGGCUCCAUGUCGCGCCGCAUCGACGCCGGCGCCGGCUCCAUGUCCCGACGAAUCGGCCCCGGCUCCACCAGCUCCCGACGCCACGGCAACCUCCCGGACUCCGUCACCAAUGCCACCAAGGCUGUCCAAAUAGUUUUAGAGAACUUAGAAACCAAGAAAAUUGUUCUUGUCCACGGGGAAGGAUUUGGUGCUUGGUGUUGGUACAAGACCAUCUCUCUCUUGGAGGAAGCUGGCCUCGAUCCUGUUGCCUUAGAUCUCACAGGUUCAGGCAUAGACCACACUGAUACAAACAGCAUAGCUACAUUGGAAGAGUACUCCAAACCACUAAUUGAUUACCUCAGUAAACUCCCUGAGAACGAGAAGGUUGUUUUGGUCGGUCAUAGUUGUGGAGGUGCAAGUGUGUCAUAUGCCUUAGAACACUGCCCAAAAAAGAUCUCAAAGGCUGUAUUCCUUACUGCCACAAUGGUAAAGGAUAGCCAGAGGCCCUUCGAUGUGUUCUCUGAAGAGCUUGCGUCGGCAGAUGUUUUCUUGCAAGAAUCACAGUAUUUACUUUAUGGAAAUGGGAAGGACAAGCCUCCAACCGGGCUCAGGUUUGACAAGCAGCAGAUCAAGGGGUUAUAUUUCAACCAAAGUCCUUCCAAGGAUAUCGCGCUGGCCACCGUGUCCAUGAGGCCCAUCCCUUUAGCCCCGAUCAUGGAGAAGCUGUCCCUCACGGCGGAGAACUACGGCAGCAUCCGCCGCUACUUCAUCCAGACGCUGGACGACCGGAUGCUGUCGCCCGACGUCCAGGAGAAGCUGGUCCGGGAGAGCCCGCCCGACGGCAUCUUCAAGAUAAAGGGCGGCGACCACUGCCCCUUCUUCUCGAAGCCGCAGUCCCUCCACAAGAUCCUGCUGGAGAUCGUGCAGAUCCAAGCUCCGGGGGCGCUGCUCCCGGGCAAAGCAAAGACCCUAGAAGAAGAAGAGGAGGAGAGCGCCGAGAAGUCAUCGUGACCGUCCGAAUGCCAUGCGUGUACAUGAAACGAGUAGCACAUAGGUUGCGGUUUGCUAAAGGAGAAGAAUACAGGGAGGGAUUAAUUGGAGUCGGUCAGUCAGUCAGUCAGCCAGAGAUCAAAAUAAUGUAGUUAGUUGAAGAAGCGGGACAUCUUUUUUUCUUUUGUGAUGAAUGAUGAGGUAUAGUGUAUGGGCCUGUGAGAGAUGUUUUACCAAUGUGAAUUAAAUCUUGAGCCGUCA